AUGAGUUCGUCUUCCUCAUUGAAGAAAGGCGGAGUAAAAUCGUACCUCAGUAAACAGUAUGACCGGGUUUUGGAUUCGCUAUUAGUCAUGGAAGAAUCGCUCUCAGGUUUACAACCACCAUCUUCAUCAACUAAGGCAGCCGGUCCAAUGUCAAGCAAAGACAUAUUUCAUAUGGUGGCUGGUUCAUUGGUAAAUGCAUCAAUCGAAAAAAUAAGACCUGAACGGGAGGAUUUAUUAGAGAAUAAUGACUUAACUUUAGCAGAUACAAAUGCUAGCGAUGAACUGAUAGAUGGACUGGAUGGUAAAACAGCUUCUGUGAAAGAAUUGCCGUCAGAAACAAAAGAUCAUUUUUUAGAAAUAUUUUUGGACAGACUUAUUACCCGAUUAACUCCUACUUAUCUACCUGAGAGAGAGCAUUUCCAUGAAAUUGCAAAACCAAGAGAACCGCCUGUUUCAGCGGCAGUGUUAGCAGGAAAUUUUAAAAAAUUAGGUGGGAAAAUGGACUCCCUCUUGGAAUUCCGAGAUUCAUUCAUACGAUUACUUACGUGGAGAAACCCGUCUGGAACGAUCACCAUGUUAAUCUUGUUUACUUUAAUAUGCUAUAAUCCUAUGUAUCUGAUUUUACUACCAUUGUUCGAAGUGAUGUAUGGAACUAUAAUAGCUGCGUAUUCGUUUAGACACCCAUUAAAAAGAGACGUUUAUCCAACAAGAAAAAAAUACGGGAGAUCAUUAUUAUAUGAAAUCUUUAAUGGAGGCCCAAGUACUGCCAUUCCAAUACCAACUUCUGAAAAUCAACAUGUAGCUUCGAUAGCUAAUGAAGAUCAUGAUGCAGAGAUAUUACAUAAUCCCAACGAGGACUUAUCAGGAAGUGCGAAAGUCAUAGUCAACUUAAGGGACUUACAAGAUAUGACAACUGGACUUGUGGAAUUGAAUGAUUCAAUUACACAUUUUAACACGGAAGUUACCGGCUUCAGAGAUGAAUAUAGGUCGACUAAGGUGUUUUUAAAAUUUGGUUUACUCUUUCUGACUUUGAAGUUAAUCUCUCCAUAUAUAAACUGGUCCUUUGUGAUAAGUGCAUUGGCGUGGGUUACUCUUAUUCUAAUGCAUCCAAAACUUCGAAAAAUCCUUGAAAACUCAAAAGAAAAUCCUGAAAGUGAUGUAGAGGAGCCCACUUUGUCUUCAGAGAAGAAUUAUGAUAUCGUUCUGGAUGAAAAGCCUGAAAUAAGAACUGUAGAAUUAUUUGAAAUAUACCAGCAAGGAAUUAUCCCACGUUAUUGGAGGUUUUUGAAAUUUUCUAAUACUGUUUUUGAUACAUCAGAUCCAUAUAGGAAAGCUCAACAACCGCCUCCAGGUGUCUUACAAUUAGACGAAGUUCUACCUCCAAAGAAUUGGGAAUUUGAUAAAAACUACCCUUGGGAGGUUGAUCAUCAUGUGGCAAGCUGGGCUGCAGAAAAGGGACUAGAAAUGGAGAUUGAAGGAGAAUUCUUAUAUGACUCCCUAUUCAAAAGAAGGAGAUUAACACGUAAAGUCCUUAAAUAUGCGAAUCCAACAUUGAAUUCAUAG